AUGUCAAAUGAAGCUAAUUUAACAACGAAUAUUGAAAAUAUCUAUGGUAUUGGUUCAUUUCGUCAAUGUUCUGGAUUUCCAUCAAUUGUUCGAAAUAAUGGAGAAGAAUCAUCUGAUUAUAUUUAUGAGACAACAUUGAAUGGAUGUAUACAAAUCUAUAAUUAUUCAAAAAAUAAACGUUUAAAAUUUUUUCAAGCAUCACACGAUAUCAUUGUACUUCUGUUAUAUAAUAAACAAUUGAAAAAUAUAUUAACAUGUUCUUAUUCAGGAAAAUUAGUUGUUUGGAAUGAAAAUUAUGAAAAAUUAAUUGAAUAUCAAGCACGAAUUAAUCAUGUUCAUUAUGGUACAUGGACUAAUAAUGGUCAAUUGAUUUAUUUGUGUUCAAGAUUUGAUGGUACAAUUAUUUCUUUAAAAUAUGAACAAAAAGAAAAUUGUUUAAUAGAAAAUUGGUUACGUCAUUGGUCAGUUGAAAAUGAAGAAAUUCAUCCAUUUGUUGAACAUUCAACUCAUUUAGCUCCACCAGUUGUUGAUCAAGUUGAAACAAGUAAUACUUAUGUUGCAGGUUCAAUUGGUUACGAAUGUGUACUAUGUACGGAUGAUCAACGUUUAUGGGCUAUUCUUCAACGUUCACAACAACAUGUAAAAAUACAUCAAUUAAAAGCAUCAAAUGGUCAAUUAGAAAAAGAAUUACAAUUAGAACCGGCUAAAACAAGGCAAAUGUAUUUAUGUUCAACGAUAAAUAUACUCAUUAUUGAGAACUAUUAUGAUAUAACUAAAUCUUCAUCUCGUUUUUCUGUUGGCUCAAAUAAACGUUUAAAUUCAACAUCAUCGUCAACAACAAGUUGUCGAGAAUUUUUUGCCGUCGGUUUACAAUCAGGUUUAAUAUUUAUUAUUGAUGCUAGUCAUUUAGAAAUUUAUUCGAUAAUCCGUGCAACCGGAUCACCGCAAGCAUUGAUAUGGUAUAAAAAUGAUUUAUUAACAGUCGGUUAUAUAUCGGGAACAGUAAAUUUAUGGAAUUUAAAUGGACAAUUAUUGGCCAUUGGAGAUGGAGCACCGACAAUUGACAUUUGCCAUUUACAAUGGGAAAAUGAAGAAAAUAAUUUGUUAUGGAUGGGAGGAUACGUAGGUUUAGCAUUAGUCAAAAUUGAACAAGAAGAUGAAGAACAAGAAGACGAAGAUGAUGAAGCAAUGAUCUCAAAUGGUAAUGUUAUUUUUAGUUUGAACACAAGUACAGAUUCUGGUUCAUCAUUAACAUCAUUAAAAUAUAAAUUAAUAUUAACAACAUUGAUUAAAAAAUCUUAUCAUGAAACCGCUGGUUGUGGUUUAUCUUAUUUAUCAUCAUCUGAUCAAAUAAUAUCGGGUGAUUUAAGUGGUAAUCUAUACAAUUGGCCAUUAAAUUCUUCUGAACCACGAAAACAUUUAUUAAUUACAGAUAGUAUUCGAUGUUUAUCAUCAAUUAAAAAUACAAAUAUUAUAUUUAUUGGUACAUUAUCCGGUAACUUUUAUAUCUGUGAUAUUAAUCAUUCAGAUGAUUUUAAUUUAAUACAUGAUUUUAAUACAGCCGUUAUUUGUAUGACAUGGAAUAAUGAUUGUACACAAUGUUUAAUUGGAUUAGCUAAUGGUCAUUUAGUCAUUAUGUAUUAUGAACAACAAGCUAGUCAACAUCAUUCAACACGUUCAUUUUUAAUAACAUCAGUUAUAUUACCAUUAUCAAAAGAUAAAAUUGUUCAUAUUCAACUAGUAGAAACUACAGGUAUCCAUUGUCUUGAACAGGAAUUGGAAGCAUGUACUUCUUCUACUAAUGAUCAUUAUCGUCCUGCAGAAAUAUGGAGUGUAUGUUAUAGUCCAAAUGAAUUAUAUUGUGCUACAAGUUCAGAAGAUCAAACAACAGCUAUAUGGAAAAUAGAUGAUCUAAUUAAUUCUCAUUAUAAUCAAUUAUCAAAUUUACGUAUUUCAAAAGCUAUUUUAACUGGUCAUACAACAGCUGUAACAAGUUGUUCAUGGACAUUAUUUUUAUCUGUAAAUAAGUAUCGUAUAUUAACGUGUGCUGAUGAUCGAACCGUUCGAAUUUAUAAUGGAUUAGAAACGGAUGAUGAACAUCACUAUUGUUUUAUUCAAAUGAUUAAAGCACCCGAAAAUGUUUUUGGAUGGUUUACUCUUACAUAUAUUCAAAUAGAUUCUGAGAAAAAUUUAAUUUUAUGUGUAACACAAAAUGGUUAUCUUAUUAUAUGGAAAUUAUUGUUUGAAAAUGAAGAUUAUGAAAAUGCUGCAUCAAAAGUUCAUUUAUGUUUUAGUUCAAAAAUACAUUUUGGUUCAUUGGAAGGUUUAUGCUAUGAUAAAAGUGAACAACGAUUGGCAACAAUUGGAAGUGAUUGUACAAUAACCAUUCUUAAACUAAAUUUAACAAAUUAA